UGCUUUAAGGGGCCGAUUCCACGGUCCCCCGCCAGGUGGAGCUCCUAAGCGAGAUCGCGAUGACUGAGACCGGAGUCGCGGGGCGCGCAGUGCUGGAGGUGGCCGGCAGGGGGCGCGCCGUCCCAACCCCGGGGGCAGUGGGCUCGGCCGGACCGUGCAGGUCCGGGCCUGGGCGCGGUGGGCGCGGUGGGCGCGGUGGACGCCAGCCCAGAGGCCCGCGUAUUCUCGUAGGUUACUGUUUAAGCCAAGUACCAGACCCAGCCCCGCGCCACGGCGCCGGUCCCGGCUCCCGGCUCUCGGGAGGCGCCCACCGGAGGCCGCUUUCCUUCGGCGGCGCCUCGUUGCUUCCCGGAGCCAGCUUCUCCCGGCUGAGCCGGCGUGUCGAGGCCCGGAGGCCCGGAGGCCCGGCACUCUGGAGGCCGAGGCAGGCUAGUCGUCAGUUUCAGCCCGGCCCAGGCGACCCCCACGCGGAAGGCGAGGAAGGGAGAGCGCCGGCCAGCCAGCCGGACGCGCGGGCCGCAGCUCACACGCCGGGGACUCCGGAACCGACCGCCGCCGGUUUCGUGGCAGUGAGAACGUCGCCCCGCUUGGUCGUAAACCGAGGCAGCGGCGGCCUCAGCCACGCACCUGCGGCCGUGCGGGGACGCGAGUCUGUCGCGAGUGAACUGCCCGUGGGGCUGGCUCCGUGCCGCAGGGACGACCCUCCGCGCAGCCCCCUGCUGGCGGUGCGGCUUCCAGGACCAGAAUCGGACCGGGCCCGAAGAGAGCAGAGCCGGCGAGCAUUCGGGGAGCUCCGUGUGCUCACACGCAGCCAAUGCACGCCAAGCGUGUGUCUGCUAAAACUGGAUCGCCUGCAAGUCGGAGAGGAAGGAAGGAGGCCAAGACGGGCAGGGGAAACCCGCGGAGUCUGCGGCGGCUGCCUAGGCAGAGGAUGCCAGGCCGCAGUCCCCGCAAAAGGCUGGGUGCUGCUGCUGUCCCCACCCCAUCCCCCAGUCCCCCGGCCCCCUAACUCCACCCCCACCCCAUCGGAUGAGGAAACCCAGAGUUCAGAGAGUAGACUCUUCCUGGGUUUGUACCUUAAACCCACUGGUCCCAUUAGGAGCACUUUUGCAAAGAUUUUGGAAAAGGGUCUUCCUAUGUGGACCAAAAUAGCCCAAUUUCAGGAGUAUGCUCCUGCCUCAGGCUCACAGAGUGAGAGGGUUAUAAGCUUCUACCACCAAGCCUCACUUGGUAAAUGUUGUUUAAAAGGAAAAUGCAAGCCCACCUGGGGCCGCUCACUGAGAGCCAUCUGAAGAACAAAGAGGUCUGAGCUGGGUCUCAGGCCAGGACCAGCUGGGACAGAGCACAGGGCCAUGCCCCUGGCAAUUGGGCUCACAUCCAGAGAAAGAGGCGACUCGCUGCCCUGUGUCUCAGAAAAGGAAAGCAGAAACAAGGGGAUGGAGUUUAAUCCAGUGCUGGCCUGAGGCCAGGAUGUGAGUGAAGACUGCACGGGGCAGAGGGAAGCUGCUUCUCCCUACAGCGAAAGAAUUUGGACAGACGUCCAGCUGAGGACACACAGACACUGUCCUCUAUGGCUGCUCUUCCAUUGCCACCUCCUGGGCUUGCUUUGUUCCCAAGAGUGUGAUGCCGAGAUGGCAGGACGUGCUUGGAGGCCACUGUGAUGCACAGAUGUCGGUAAUGUUUUCACCUUUUUCACUGUGAAGUCACCUGCCCAGGCAUCUGAAAGGGCAGUGCUGCUGUGCCUGGAGAUGCAUCCCAAAGCAGGGUGGAUGCCGUGCCCCUGCCUGCCUCUGAGCUCGGUGUUUGUGGUUGGACAGGUUUGGCGGCCUGCAGGAACCUGUGAUAAACAAGCUGCAGGUGAGAGUCCCAGGUGGGCCCUAUGUGCCACUGCACAUCUAGAAUCUCAGCGUUCAGGGAGGAUGAGACAGGAGGAUCACAAAGUCAGCACAGCCUGGGCAAUUUAGCAACUUAGGGAGAAGUUCACUCAAAAUAAGAAGCUGGAAAAAGAUCCGAGGUCAUGGAAGACCCUGGGACAUGGCAGGAGGGCGGUAGUCUCUGCAGCCCUGAUCUCACAUGCCUCCUGGGGUUGUGACACAGCCCUGGGGUAGUAUCACCUCACCCUGCCCUUUCUAAAGGACUCUUCGGAAGAGUUAUGAGAAGGCAAAAGUGCAGGGAGGUCAGAGUCUGAGGGAAAUCUGACUGAUCACUGCUGAAACAGCUUUCCCAAGGCCAACUGCUUGCUGGCCUGGCUACUCCUGUGCUCUCCUGGUUAAUCACUGGGAGGAGCCCAGCGGGGGCGGGUUUGAUGAUGUCUCAUAGUCCCAGGUGCAGCUAGGUGGCCUUGUAGACAGCUUGCAGGGAGAGGUCUAUGUUCUGACAACACAGUCACUGUACCCUAGGAUUUAACACUACACGUGUUCACCCAAAACUGGUGACCAGCACACUAGGUGGGAGUUUAGACAAUUACUAACUCCACUCUCAGUGACCUGUUAGGUGCCAUCCUCAUCUGCCUCAUUUAUAGGCAAGGGGACAGAGCUCCAGGAGGUGAAGACACCUGUUGGAGCUGGUGUGGGGGUGCGCACCUGUAAUCCCAGCACUCUGGGAGGCUGAGGCAGGAGGAUGGGAAGUUGGACAACUAAGGGCUAUGCAAGACUCUUGUCUCAAAAUAAAAAAGUUUAAAGGGCAGGGAUAUAGCUCAGAGUGAAGGCCCUGGGCUCGACCACCAGUAAAGGAAAGGAGAGAGGGAGGGGAGGCCAAGCAAACGCCUGGUCUUCACGUGUUGGCCCUAGGCACUGUCCCUCAUGCCCAGGGGAGAGCAUGGCUGCCACUGUUCUUGGGUCAGAUGUCCCAGCCGGUCAGGGCAUGCGUCGUUUUAGCAGGCAUCUGAAAGGGCAGUGCUGCUGUGCCUGGAGAUGCAUCCCAGCGAUAAAUCGCUGUGGUCCAUCCACAGUGUACGGCCCUAAACAGAGUGGAGAAUUGGACACAGGUUGAAACAUGGAUGAAUGUUUGAAAAUAGCUCACUGAGAAAAGGAAGCCAGACUUAACAGCCACAUGUUAUGUGGCGCUGUGUAUAAACUGGUCAGAAAAGGGAAAUCUACAGAAACAUAGAAGCCAAGCUCCGGAGCGUCCUAGCCACCUCCUGCUCAAGUUUGCACCGCUCACAGCAGAGAGGCUGUGGUUUGCAGUCUGAAUGCAGAGGGCACAGAGCUGCACAGAGAGGGUGCUGAGCCUCCGUGGGCUCUCAUCCCACUAGGUCACCAUGUUCUGUCCCCUGGCUUCACCUGCUUUGUCCCAAGGUCUGGGCUGCCCCAAGCCCCACAUUAACCCAAAACUCAGACAGGUGACACUGUGCUGGGCCCAGGCCCAUGGGUUGCAAUUGUUUGCAUUUGCUGUUUCAAGAAAGGGUCUCACCGUGUGGCUAUGCUGGCCUGGGAUUCAGGACCCUCCUGCCUCAGCCUCCCAAAGGCUUGGAUGAUAUAUGCCACCAUGCCAAGCUGUGAUCAUUUUGUUUUGUUUUGUUUUUUUGAGAGAGUCUUGCUAUGUAUGUGUAUGUCAGGCUGGCCUUGAACGCACUGUGUAACCGAGGCUGUCCUCAAACUCACAGCAAUCCUCUGCCUCAGCCUCCUGAGUAUUGGCAUUACAAUAGGAUAGCUUGUCAUGAAACAGUAGAUAAUUAGAAUGCUAAGUACCAUCGGUGUUUAUUAAUGUAUUCAUUCAUUAUUAGGGAACCCCUACCGUGUGCUGGUUCCGGGAUGUAGAUCUAGUAGUGAAAAAUCACCAAGUAAACAGUGUAGUACGCUGAAUAAAAUGUAGUCAGGCGAAAGAGAAAGAGUGGUUGGUGACAAUGGCUCUUUUAUUUCUCUCUUUCUAUCUGAAUUCCUGCUUUUCAGAAGUGGGGAGAGAACACACUGAGCUAUGUCCCCAGGCCUGAUUUACAGUAGAGGCAGGCUCUCUCUAGGUUACUGUCUCCCAUGCUUAUCUGGACCUUGGGGUUCUCCUGCUCAGGCUCCCGGGGUGCUUCAGAUGGGAAGGCAGAGCUGGCCUAGGGCUCUGCUUUCCAUAGAGACUUGAGUGCCUGGAAGGGUAACGCAGCAUGGAUCAGACCCAGCUGCAGUGGCUCAAGAGGAGACCAUGGAGGGCAGGGCAGAGUGGGCUGGACAGGUGCUAGGAGCAGGGAAAUGGGGACCAGAAGGUGCUUGGGCAGCGGCUGUGUGGUCUUGGUGGGCCCAGUGGAGGCUCUGGUUAGGAAGGCUCUUCUCCCAGUGCUGCCCUACAUGGGAAUCCUCAAAAGAUGGACACAGUGCUACAGCCCCCUGCUCCUGGGGAUCUGCAUGAAAGAACUGGAAACAAGCUGGCAUCCUGGUGCAUCUAUAAUCAGCACUCAGGAGGAUGAGGCAGGAGGAUCUCCAGGGAAGCCUGGGCUGCAUAAUGUAGUGAGUCAAGGCCAGCCUGGACUACAUAAUAACGCCUUGUCUCACAGAGAGACAGAGACAGAGAGAAUUCAAAGCUUAUAUCUACAAAAACUUGAAUCCUGAUGUAUACAGAAAAAUUACUGAUACCAGCCCAAAAGUAGAAAUUGGCCAGCAGCUACUGCAUGGAUAAAUCGCUGUGGUCCAUCCACAGUGUUCAGCCCUAAACAGAGUGGAGAAUUGGACACAGGCUGAAACAUGGAUGAAUGUUUGAAAAUAGCUCACUGAGAGAAGGAAGCCAGACUUAACAGCCACACGUUAUGUGGCGCUGUGUAUAAACUGGUCAGAAAAGGGAAAUCUACAGAAACAUAGAAGCCAAGAAUGGCGCUGAUACAGAAGGUAGGGCGUGGCAAAUCUGGCCCAGGACAGGAGCAGGACCUGUGGGUUUCAAGACCCCAGGACGGUGCCAAAUCUUCCUCAGGAGUGAGGGGAACUUCUCAGGCUCACUGAGACAUGGACAGUACAGAGAAGAUGAGGUGCCCUGGGCAGCGCUCCUGGACUCCUCACAGCAGCCCAGCCGUGCUACACACAGUGUGAAUGCUGACUUUGGCUUUUUAUCCUGGUCUCUCCUAUUUGGCCCAAGUUCCCUCGGCAGAGCCAGUUUUCCCCUUUCCCUGUCACCCUGAAUUUCUCAAACUUCUGACACCAUCUUUGGCUUGACUUGUCCAAUUCUUUGUUCCAGGCAAGAAGCUCCUGGGAUCUGGUUAACAGGCCAUUUGUAAAGGAACAAUCCAGGAACACUUUUAGCAUAACCAGCAGGAGAGCAAAGCUCAGGUGCCAAGGAGGUGCAGCCUGCAUGGGCAUGGCUUUUGCUUCUCUCUAAAAUGCUUAGAGGGGGCUGGAGAUUUUGCUCAGCAGCUUAAGCGCCUGCCUUGCAAGCGUGUGGUCAUUGAGUUUAAUCCUUGGUACCAAAAAGUAAAAAAAAUUUAAAAAGUAAAA